AGGCACUGUUGAUAACCGAAAGAACGAUAUAAAAUUACGUAAAUUUUUACUGAUUGGCUUGAAGUAUGUUGCACUGAUAAGACAUGUCAAUUUUUCAAAUAUAGUCGAUUAUUUUAGAGCACAUGCGUUUCAGUUGAAUUUCAUCUACAAAUGAAUCUUUCCGCCGAAGAAGAGAAGCGCAUCUUUGGUUUUCUGCAGCAACGAAAUUAUUGCUUAAGAUGUUGUUUUCGUUUCAUUGGUUGGCAUUCACCAGAGUGUUUUCAGAAUCCUUUUAAAUUUGCAAAUAGUUUAGGAUAUAUUGCUGCAGAAAAUACUUCUUCUAACGAUGAAAAGCCUUGUCCAGCUUGCUUGGGGAUUCUUCAAAAACCAAUGCAAGAAUCUGUUAUUCAAAAAAUUCAAGCAGAAGUGGAAAAACAAAAUUAUGACAGCGAGACAUUUAUAACCGCGUUAACAAUACCUACGUGCGUGGGCCUUAGAGAGCGCUUAUUACACAUGCAGUGCAGCCUUGAACUUGGUCUUUCAGAAAAUACAUUGAUCAGCCUCAAAACAAAAAUACAAACUAUUAAAGAUAUUUGGAAAUUGGUAGUCAUUCCUAAAGUAGAACAGGCUAUUAAAAAGAAAGUGGAUGUAACAACACCUUCCGCUUUCCUCAUUGAAAUCAUCUUAUCGUAUAAAUACAACGAGAAAGAAUGCGAAGUCUUAUUAAGCAAGUAUAAGGGGACAAAAAAUGUGGUAAACAAACGAAAAAGAAAGUUUAAUGAUACUAGAUUUAGUAAAAAAAGUAUAGAAACUUUAAUGACCAGUAUAACGGACGAAGAAUUUACUGAAUAUUUUAAGGACUUCUCGCUUGAGACAACUGCAAGCGCUGAUGUAGAAAAUAUUAUGUGUUCGCAUUCAAGUAUAUUUGUAGGAGGUCGAUACAACAAACUGUCCAGAGAGCUUAGUCAGACACCGUGGUUUAUAAAUGGUGAAAAAAAGAUGCAAACAUCUGUUCAAGAUAUACUGUGCAAUCCUAUCGCUGAAGCUAUAGGAGCUCAAUCUAUUAAAUUUUUAUCGUCUGGACGGGAAGAUGUGGACGUUAGAAAUAUACACUCUGGAAGACCGUUCGCGGUUGAAUUAAUAAAUCCUCGAAUUUCCAAAAUAACGGAAAAGGCAUUAUCGGAUCUAGUCGAUAAAAUUAAUCACUCUUCCCAACAAGUACAAAUCGCGUCAAAUUUAAAAGUUUUAUCUAGACUUGAUUUGAAAACACUAAAGGAAGGUGAAAAUGUUAAAACAAAAUUUUAUCGAGCGCUUUGCAUCUGUCGUAAUAUACCUAAGGACACUGUACCCCUUGAAAAAUUGAACGAUCUAAAACGAGUACAGAUAGUACAAAAGACACCGGUUAGAGUCUUGCAUAGACGGCCUCUUAGUCCGAGAAUACGUUUAAUAUAUGAAAUGAGAGCUCGCUGGGCAAAGCCUCAAGAGUUGAAGACAUUAUUGAACACCACAAACGAAGACGCCAGUGUGUUUUUUGUAUUGGAUAUUAAAACGCAAGCUGGAACGUAUGUGAAAGAAUUUGUGCACGGCGAUUUUGGACGGACCAAGCCAAGUUUGUGCGACAUUCUUAAUGCCGACGUUGAUAUUGUCGCAUUGGAUGUGACAGGUAUUAAUUUAAAUUGGCCAUGACAAUUGUUUCAAUAUAUUGAAUAUUGUUGUAAUUAUAAAGAAUGUAAAUUACUGUACUUAUAUAUUAAGUGUACUUGUUGAAAUUGAUUGAAAUAUAUUUUC